GGUUCCUCAAAUAAAACAAAACAACUUCAUCUGAAUAUGCAAACUGUGGUUGUAAAAGCGUGCGACCAAAAGAAUCCAAUUCUCGCCCCAGUGCUAGUGGAUCAACCGGUUUUUGUUGGAGGUAUUAUUCUUGGAGCGGUUCGAGGACUCGUCCAAAAAAGGCCGGAGGAUGAAAGUGAGAGUGUGGUGACGGUUGUUUUUUUUGGGGUCUUUUCAUCGUAUCUUACUCCUGCGCUGUGUGUUAUCGUGUUGUGUCCAACCGUUCAGGUGCUCUGAGAACAUGCAAGUCUGGCAAAUGUAACUGAACCAGACAAAACCCAGUCCGUAUGUGGAAGGAUUCAGGUCACCGGGACAGUCCCAGCCGCAGCAUCCCCUACAGUGGGGAGUGCUUCGUGAACGAAAGCGAAAGUGAGCCUACUGAUAGUGAGCCGGCACCGAGUGAGAGUGAAAGUGAAUGAAAUUUUGGGUUCGGCUGCAACCAGUGAGCCAUCCCUACGGACUGUGAGCCACCCACGGACCCGCUGCGGGCUACCCGACAACCCGAGUCGCUCCAGUGCUGCCAAGUGGUGGUAGUCCACACUUAUUUCCCGCCCCCCAUUGGCGUACGAUCGGGUUUUCGGUCUGCGGCCUAGAGAUAGCACUCUCGCUCUCACUCGAACGGGGAACGAAAUCUGUGCUAGAGACCCCAGCAUCUCGGUCUCGAUCCGUGGGAGAGCAGCAGCAUCUCCACACGGUGAUCGUGCUCUCGCAGAAGAAGCGCGCGGUGCGCGCGCGCUUACACACGAGAGCGGUUUUGGGUUGCGAAUAUUCCCCUUUCCGAUCCGACACACGAUCAUCAUCAUCGUCGAUCGCGCUUCUAGUGGAGGCUCUGGGUGUGUGUGAAGGAUGAACUGCGGUGGGAUCGCCUGCUGUCGCUGACUUUCUCAUCGUCGUAGGUGGACUGUGGAUCGGAUCGGUGGACGGUGCUCGUACAGAGGUUUAUCAGCGCGCGCGCGCUCAGUGCAUCCCGGCAAGCGAACCAGUGCGAAUCGAAGAUUUUCACGCGUACAUGAACGUUUUGCAGUGCAGUUUCGCUUCACCAGUGAUUAAUUGGUUGAAUCUAUUGUUCUCAUUUUGGGUUGUUUGCUUGCGUGUAGUUCAAUUCAAAGUGUGUGACAAUGUUUGCGUGCCAGUGUUCGAUGUGUUUGAAGUGCCGCUUUUCAGUUAAGAACCGUUCAGUUUAGUUGUUUUAUCCCCGUAUUAUCCCCAGCUCCCAUUUGCACAGAAAUGUGUCUUCCGUUUAGUACAAGUUCCACCGUCUGCCUGUGUCCUUUCGGUUUUAAGACCCUAAAAGUUCAGAGGUACCUAGGCUAGAAGAAUGUGAUACAUUUCGCUGGAAAAGAUUUUUAAUUGCCGUGUGUGAGUGUGUGUGUGAGUGAUACCGUAGCGUUCCCGAUGCGUUUGAAGUACAAACACAAACUAGUGCAGCUCGAUUGACUGUUGCAAAGUGAAAAAGUACACGAGCGAUACCUCUAAUUGAUUGGAAAUAAAUGAAGACCCGUGUGCAGGCCUUUUGCACCAUCAAGCGUCCUACCGGAAGUUGUGCAAGAAAAUAGUUCCAUUCCAAGCACAUGAAGCUUGCUUAAGGCUCCCUCUCUCCCCGUUCCUUCCCUAUAUUUAAAACCGUUGCCCAAGUUCCCGGUGCCGGUUGUAGGCGCGAGGACAUGCGAACCCGGCUGGCUUCGCUGAUCGUCGUGAAACAGGAGCCACUGUCGGCCACAUCACCGCCCCCUCCAACACCGCACGCGUCCGCCCAUCCCCUGUCCGGUGCGUCCUUUUCGUCGCCCUCCUCGUCGUCGUCGUCCUCGUCGUCCUCCUGCUCCUCGGCCAGCUCGUCCUCCAGCCCCCCGUCCAGCCUCUUCCGUUCGUCGCUCGUGGUCGCCGAUGGCUGCGACGGGCUGCAGUGCUAUGGCAGCUUCGGUCCCGCUGCCAGCGCGGUCGAACUGAAGCAUCCGGGCCAGCCGAGGGUGGCCGACGGGGUGGUGGUGGUGGUGCAGCACCAGCAGCAGCAGUCCGCACCGCACGCGGACCUGGUGGCACAGUACUUUUGCGACCGCAAUGGCCACGGUUACGGUGCGCACGCGAACGGUUCCGGCGGCGAUCUGAACAACAAUGAUCCGUCCAGCGAGCAGUUUGAGUUUUUUGACGAGAAAAAGUGUGCUCCCCAUUUGCUAUCGCGAGUGGCAACCUCACCGGUCCCAUCGGCGGUCCCAGCCGCAGAUCCAUCGUCAGUGUCGCAGCCAGCGAGUCUGACGGCCACAAGAAGUCCCCUGACGCCCGGUCGCAGCGGUUCCGGUACAGCGUCCGGCACCAGUGACCAUCCGCACGACAACCUGCGCAAAGUAGCAGUAUCAGCAGCAGCAGCAGCAGCAGCCGCGGACAGUAGUAGCAGCUCAACGACAAGCAUGUUACUGCUGCAGCCACAGGCGUCAUCUUUUAGUUCCGUUUCUUCAUUUGAUUAUUUACUGUCACAAUCGCAGAGCCAUCAUCAGGAGCAGUCGUCCUAUCACCAUUCGCAUCUGCCACAGGAGCAGCAGCAGCAACAGCAGCAACAGCAGCAGCAUCAUCAACAACAACAUCACCAUCACCCACAACAGCCCCAUUCGUCGCUGGGACAUUCCCAAUCGCUUCAUCACGAGCAGCAACACCACCACCAGCAACAGCACCCUCACCAGCACCACCACCACCAGCUCGCGUCCGGGCUAGACAAGUUUGUGGAGCUGUUCAGUGCGGCCCAGCCGCACACGCCGGCCGAAUCGAUCACCACCGAGUCGUACCUAGCGGACCAGACGCAACAUUCCAACAGCUCCAGCGACACGCUCGUCGGGCUCGAGGACAACCCGUCCACGUUCGGUGGCUCGAGCGACAGCAUCCCGUCCGCGCUGCUGAAGGCGUCCUACAAGGAGGAACUCCCUAGCCCGUUCAGUGCAGGGCCGUCGACACGAGCGCCCACCACCGAGCCGCCCGACACGGAUCUCCUGUUCGAGUCGUCCUCCACCGAAGAGCUCGGGCUGCUGACGCUACGGUCUAGCAGCGAUCCGGUGCUGGCGAGCAGUGCCCGUCUGCCCCAAGCGAUUGUUCACGCGCAGCAGGGACAGCUAAGGCCCAACGCGCCGGCCACCGCCGGUCCGAGCGGUGUGGAGUCGGUGGCGGCAGCAGCAGCGGCCGCCUCACUGCUGCCCAGCUUCCAGGAAACGUACCCGAUCAAGUACAACCAGCUGGCCAGCUACGGGCUGAAGAUGGACGACGAUUGCUUCAAGAUGGCGACCUCCCCGCACCAUCAUCAGGCUGUGACGGCGGCCUACGCCCACCAUGGCAGUGUGUACGGGCAUGGCCAUCAGCACCAUCACCAUCAGCAUCACGGUGGAGUGGCGGUCGGUGGCGUUGGGCUCGUCGGUACCGGGCUGCAGCAGGGCCAUUACGAGUUUGGAGCGCACACGGCGGGAGCAGCCGGUGGAGGCAUCACGCAGUACAACAACCCGGCAGGACCUCCAGGAAGUGGUGGAGGUGGUGGAGCUGGUGGCACUGCAACUGGAAGCUUCUAUUCCCCUUCGUACGAGCAACAUCCAGCUGGCUAUGGUGGACAGGUAGGUGCACAGGACACGUACUCGCUGCCACCGUUCCCGACGGUGGCCGAGCUGCACGUCACCACGACCUGCCAUCGCCGCUCGUCCCUCCCGAUACAGCGCUCCGAGUCGACGUCCAGCAGCGAAAGCCCCAAACCGCCCCGGAUUGCCAUCUACAACAAGUAUUCGGCGCUUCCGAGUGCCUCCAGCUCGGCAUCCAGCUCGCCAGGCUACAUGAACAACAACAAUCCGAACACGAUCAACAACAAUGAGGUGGCGGCGGCGGCGGCAGCAGCCGCAGCAGCAGCAGCAGCAACUUCCGCCGGCGGUAUCGUUGGAGCAGGUGCCCCAACUCCCGUAGUGGCGCCACCGCCGACUGCCGCUUCUACCGUAGUGGCCCGCGCAACCCCGACCUCCCAGAGCCCAUCGCAACUCUGUGCCGUGUGCGGGGAUACGGCCGCCUGCCAGCACUAUGGCGUGCGAACGUGCGAAGGCUGCAAGGGCUUCUUCAAGCGCACCGUCCAGAAGGGCUCCAAGUACGUGUGCCUCGCGGACAAAGCGUGCCCGGUGGACAAGCGGCGACGGAACCGGUGCCAGUUCUGCCGCUUCCAGAAGUGUCUCGCCGUCGGCAUGGUAAAGGAGGUCGUCCGUACCGACUCGCUGAAGGGUCGGCGCGGUCGGCUACCGUCCAAGCCGAAGUCACCGCAGGAGUCACCGCCGAGCCCGCCCGUCUCGAUGAUAACGGCGCUGGUGCGUGCGCAUGUCGACACGACGCCCGAUCUCGCCAGCCUCGACUACAGCCAGUACCGGGAGCCGGGGCAGAACGAGCCGAUCAUCACCGAGGCGGAGAAGGUGCAGCAGUUCUACAACCUGCUCACCACCUCGGUCGACGUGAUCAAACACUUUGCCGACAAGCUGCCCGGGUACAACGAUCUCAGCGUCGAGGACCAGGAGCUGCUGUUCCAGUCGGCCUCGCUCGAGCUGUUCGUGCUGCGGCUAUCAUACCGGGCCCGCAGUGACGACACCAAGAUGACCUUCUGCAACGGUGUCGUCCUGCACCGCCACCAGUGCCAGCGAUCGUUCGGCGACUGGCUGAACGCGAUACUGGAGUUCAGCAAGAGCCUGCACGCGAUGCAGAUCGACAUCUCCGCGUUUGCCUGCCUGUGUGCGCUGACGCUCGUAACGGAACGCCACGGUCUCCGGGAGCCGAAAAAGGUCGAGCAGCUGCAGAUGAAGAUCAUCAGCAGCUUGCGCGAUCACGUCACUUACAACUCGGAGGCGCAGCGCAAACCGCACUACUUUAGCCGGCUGCUCGGCAAGCUGCCCGAGCUCCGGUCGCUCAGCGUCCAGGGACUGCAGCGGAUAUUCUAUCUCAAGCUGGAGGAUCUCGUACCGGCACCGCCCCUGAUCGAGAACAUGUUCUUGGCCAGUCUGCCCUUUUAAACCUCCCCCCCCCC